AUGACCCAUGGGGUCCAUGUCAAAGUGACCCACCAGGCCAGAGACUCUGGAUGUUACAAGUCAGGACCCUCUGCACCCCCAGGCCUGGACCUGCAGCCCCCAAAGAAGCUGCUGCCUCAGUGCCACCUCCAGGCCCUUUCUCUGCCUAGGGCAUGGGCACCCGAGAUGCUGUCUCACCAGUCCUUUAAGCUUCUUAUCUGUUCCAAAUGGCUGACUGAUAGGUACCCUGGUUCCACUCUGGCUGGGAGUCUGAAGUGUGCCCCAGAGGAGCUGAGUCCUGAAGCCAAGGUCCUGGCCCCAGUGGCUGUGUACUGUGGCAGUGUCCCCCGGAGAGUGGGACUGCCGGGAGGAAGCGUGGACUCCAGCCUGCAGAACUGUGGAGAAGCCUCCCUGCAGACUGCACCCUCCAGUGUCCUACCAGAGAAGCAGCUGCCACCUGGCCCUGGUCCCCUCCAGCUGGGUGCACCCCUGAAGGGUUGGCAGGCCAGGAAUGGCCACGCUGGGACCCUCGGGGCUCUGCCCCUGGAGUGGGAGUCGGAGGCGCACAGUGUGGCCCGGGACACCACCCAGAUCAAGGACAAGCUCAAGAAGAGGAGACUCUCUGAGGGCCUGGCAGCAUCUUCCAGAGUUUCUCUGGAGCCUUUGGGAGGCCCCAAAGGGGUUCCCCUGCGGAGCACUAUCCCUCGGGCCACCUCCCAGAGGUUGCUGCGGGUCCCCCGGCCGAUGCCCCCCAUCCAGAGCAUCCCCACCACUCCUGAGGCCGCUGCAGCCAAAGAGACACUCUUGGACCCGCCCGUGAGUCAUGGGGCCCCCAAGGACCUUCGACCUGAUGCCCAGGAGGUGCAGAUCUCGGGACAGUACCUGCACUGCAACGACGAGAAGAUGCACAAGUCUCUAGGGGGCCUGGUGAUCCCCCCCAUCCCCAAGGCUGGACUGCCUGCCACCACCUCCUUCUGCCCUCCUGGCUCCUUCCCUGCCUUCCUGUCUCCAGCCCAGGACACUCUCAUUGGCCUCAGGGCCCCUCCCACACGGUAGGCGCCCCCUUUCUCAGCUCCCAGGGAGAGGACCCCAAAAACUCUGGAGCACAAAGCUUCAGCCCUUCCUGGCAGAGAUAGGCCUGCUGCCCCCGAGAAGUCUGCCCAGCCUUCCUCUCAGUCUGCGCCAACAAUUACAGCCUUUGCCUUCACCCAUACCCGUCUCACUCUGAGAGAAGAGGACCAGAAGGAGGGUGGUGCCAAGAGCCAGGUCACCAUCUCCAGGUCUGCCCAGGAGAAGAUGCGGCUGAAGCAGAUGAAGGAGAUGGAGCUGCUGAGGAGGGCCAGGGAGCCCGACAGGGAGCAGGAGGUCCCAGCCCAGGGUCUGGCCUCGAGGCGGACUCUGACGAAGGAAGGCCUCCUUCCCCUGAGGGGUAGCGGGACCCAGUCUGUUCCCAUGGGGAGAAGCAGCCCCCUCAGAGACAUCGGUGGCCCCCUGAGGCGACGUGCCAACCGAGCCUCCCUCCCCAGCAUCCCUGUCAGCAGGCAGGAGCCCAGUUUCGCCCGCCAUGCAUCAGCUAACUCGUUACCGGCGGUGCUGACUCUGGGCUCUCCUGAGUGGGAGGAAGAGGAGGACCCGGAGCUGAGAGCCUGCAAGGAAUGGAGGCCUUUCUCGAACCCAGAGCUGGGGCUCACCGAGGCCCUCCAGUGCCUGGAGAGCAGCGACUGGCAGACAAAGGAGAAAGGCCUGUUGAGCGUCCAGCGAAUGGCAGCCUGUCACUCCGACAUGCUGGCCGGGAGACUGCAUGAUGUGUCCUUGGCUGUGAGUGCGGAGGUCACCAACCUCCGCUCAAAGGUGUCCCGCCUGGCCAUCAGCACGCUGGGCGACCUCUUCCGGACACUGAAAAAGAACAUGGACCCCGAGGCCGAGGAAGUGACCCGCUGCCUGCUGCAGAAGAUGGGCAACAGCGGCGAGUUUAUCCAGAAGGCUGCCCACCGUGCCCUGCGCGCCAUGGUUGGGCAUGUGAGCCCUACCCGCUCCCUGCUGGCCCUAACCUCAGCCGGUGUCUACCACCGGAACCCCUUAGUCCGGAAGUGCACAGCGGAGCACCUGUCGGCUGUCCUGGAGCAGAUCGGGGCUGAGAAGCUUCUCUCUGGCACCAGGGACAGCACAGACAUGCUGGUGCAUAACUUGGUGAGACUGGCCCAGGACUCCAACCAGGAUACCAGGUUCUACGGGCGGAAGAUGGUGCAUAUUCUGAUGGCAAACAGCAGGUUCGAUGCGUUUCUGAAGCAGUCUCUGCCUUCACACGACCUGCGCAAGGUCAUGGCGGCCAUUAAGCAGCGGGGAAUAGAAGAUGGUGACGAGCUUCCUUCUGCCAAGGGCCGGAAGGUGUCUCGAAGUCUGGUGUUGGAGAUCGGGCUUCCUGGGGAGCACAGGCUCAGCUCCCAGGGUCCCCGGCUGAUGGGGUUGCCUGUUGCCACACGGGGUGGCCCAGACAUGGGGGAGCAGCUGCAGGAGCUGCGGCGGCUGCUGGAGGCCAAGGAGCACCAGGCCCGGGUGGACGGCGUGAGCCGACUCCUUGAGCACUGCAGGACCGACCCCGAAUUUGUCACCGCCAACCUGGUCCGGGUCUUCGAUGCAUUCACCCCAAGGCUCCAGGAUUCCAACAAGAAGGUGAACCAGUGGGCGUUGGAGUCUUUCUCCCAGAUGAUCCCUCUCCUCCGAGAGAGCCUGCAUCCCCUUCUUCUCCCCAUCUUUGUCGCCCUCACGGACAACCUCAACUCCAGGAACUCAGGGAUCUAUGCUGCGGCAGCCACAGUGCUGGACGCGAUGAUGGAGAAUCUGGACAAAAUUUGCCUCCUACAAGCAUUUUCUAGCCGGGUGCGUUUCCUGAAUGGCCGUGCACAGCUUGAUGUCAUGGAACGCUUAUCAGUGCUGGUGGCCUCUGUUUACCCCCAAAAACCCCAGGUUGUGGAACGCCAUGUCCUUCCAGUCCUCUGGUACUUCCUGUCGGGGAGUGGAGCCCUUCGAGGCCCAGGGGCCCCCAUCCGCUCAGUGUUGGGGCGUCUGAGCAGGAGCCUCCAGGAGCUCAUGGGUCCCCGGCUUCGGGACUUGGCUGCCAGUCAAUCCAAAUCCAUCCUCAAAGCGCUGCAGGAACUUCUGGACACAGAUCCUCUGGGAAGCCGCUUCCGAAGUAUCUCCCGAAGACCGGGGGCCGACAGUCAGACUCCCGGCAGCUCGCGUCCCUCCCAGCUGGAAUAAAGCAAGUGGAAAUGGACUGUCACCUUUUUAAAAAUUCUUUGAAAAAUUUUUUAUAAUGGAAGCAUCUUCUGGUUCUCUUAGUACUCAGAUGUACAUAGUUUAUUUUGAAAUAGGAAUAAAAGAAUUACUUAUUUU